AUGAAGACUACUACCUACAAGGUCGCGGAGCAGUUGGACAAGGCAACCCUCGUUGACUUCUAUAGGCAGAUGGCGUUGCUCAGAGUGUUUGAAGAACGGGCCGCGGAGCAGUACAUGCUGGGUAAGAUCAGGGGCUUUUUGCAUUUGUAUAUUGGACAAGAGGCUGUGGCCGUAGGGGCUAUACAUGCCCUUGGCAGGGAUGACUACGUCACUACCCAUUACAGGGAUCACGGACACGCCCUGGCAAGGGGCUUGUCCGUCAAUGCGGUGAUGGCGGAGCUUUUUGGUAAAGCUACGGGCUGCUCCAAGGGAAUGGGUGGUUCCAUGCACCUCUUUGAUGCUUCGCUGAAUUUUGCUGGCGGCUAUGCAAUUGUCGCGGGACAUCUGCCCCUUUCUACCGGGAUGGGGUUUGCAUUCAACUACUUGAACGACAACAGGUUGGUAGCCACAUUCUUUGGAGAUGGUGCUCUCAAUGAAGGUGAGGCUCACGAAGUGUUGAACAUGUCUGCACUAUGGAACCUUCCCGUUGUAUUCAUUUGUGAAAACAACCUCUACGGCAUGGGUAUUCCGUUGAGUCAAUCGAUGUCCAAUACCCAGCUGCACAAGAUGGCUGAGUCCUACGGCAUAGCCUCUGCCCAAGUCGAUGGAAUGGAUGUCCUUGCCGUUAGGGAGGCCGCGGAGACAGCCGUGCAGCACGUGCGUUCCGGCAACGGCCCGUAUUUCUUGGAAGCACGCACCUACCGGUUCCGUGGACACUCAAUGGCUGACCCCGUACUAUAUCGGUCCAAGGAUGAAGAGGCAGAGUACAGAAAGCUUGACCCAAUUGCCCAGUAUGGUGAAUGGCUUUUGUCCAGCAAAAUGGCCACUCAGAAGAAAUUGGACGCUAUAAGCGCAGAGGUGGAGAAGCAGGUAGAGGAGAGCAUUGCCUUUGCUGAGGAGAGCCCCUUUCCAUCUCCUGAAGACCUGUACCGCAACGUCUAUGCUCAACUACCAUAG